AUGUCCCUAAGAGGCCCCAGCGGCAAAUUCUCCCUCGCAGGCUUUGGUCGCAAAGUAUCCGGCGUCGACCGCCCCUCCUCCCCCGGUGAACACAAUUCGUCAGGGUACGAAGAUGAGGCGUCGCUGGUCCGCGAGUCGCAUGGCGGAGCAGGGUUUGAUGGGUUUGGACAAAAGUUGCAGGGCAAGUUGGCGCAUAAUCGGUUGUUGCCUUCAUUGGGGCAUAAGGAUUUGAGGCUGUUGCAAGACAUCAUUUCAUCGGAAAAGGGCGUAUUGGCGGGUACAGAAAAACUCUCCAGCGAAACCGCCAAAGCCUCCUCUGCCCUCCCGCCCUACGGCCAACAAGAAGGCCCCGACCUGCAAGACAUCCUCACCCAAUCAUCCACCCUCCUCAACCACCUCACCACCGCCCUCACCACCUUCUCCGGACACACCGCCAAUAUGCGCGCCUCCCUCAAAAAAGUACGAGAGAGGGAGGAGGGACUGAUGGAGCUCAAGUCGAGGAGAAAGACGACGGGGACAAAGGCGGAGGGGGCGGAGAGGAAAUUGAGCAAGAUGGGGCCGGAGAAUAAGGCGUUGCCGCAGCAGACCGAUCUGUUGGAGAGGUUGAGGCAGGAGAUUAGGCAGUUGGAUCAGGAUAUCUUGACGGAAGAGACCAAGAUGGGUGAUUUCAAGCGACAGGCGAUCAAGGAAGCACUCUCCUACAAGUUUGGCGGGCUGGAAGAGCUCGGCGAAAAGAUGUGCAUCAUCGGUGAACUCGGUAAACUCUUGCUCGAAGAAGUGCCCUUGGAAGAGACGCCGACGGGAUACGGCCGCGCGCCUUAUACGGGGUACGAUAAGACUGAGAGUGCCGUCAAUGAAGCUACCAAAUGCCUCGCGACGGUAGAAUUCCACGCAGCAAGCCACAAGCCCAAACCACCCGGUCUUCCCCAGCCAGGCUUUGCUGCUCCUCUCCGUACGCCUACCCUACCCCAUUCAGACUCGAACCACGACGAGCACGAACGCGGUAUCGCCGCUGCCGCAGACUAUGGUGACUAUCCCGCCAACUCUCCCCACAGUCCUCCCCGCGACUACUUGGGCGACAUUCCCGGCGUUGGGCAGGGCAGAGAGAGGGAAGCGACUUAUGCGUUGGAUAAUGCGGAUCCGUAUGGCGGGAUUGAGACGAACCCGUACGAACAUGCUGGGAGCGCGAACCCGUAUGACGAGUUUGGCGGUACGCGCCAAGUCGUCUUUGACUCGCCCCACCACGACCAGCCCACCCACUUUGUGGCUCCCAUCCCUCCUGCUGUCUCUUCACCCGCGGUGGACAGAGAUGCUGAGACUUCAGGUCAAGGCGAAGUGGAGCAUGGGUACGAAUACGAGCAGCAAAAGGCAAUGGAGGCGGAUGAUGCGUGGCGCAAGCUCGAAGCUGAAGAAGCGGCCUGGCGAACGCAGGCUGAAGCAGAAGAUUCUGCCGCUGCGUCGGGUGCCGUACUUCCUCCCGUCCCUAGCGACUCGCGCCCUGCGCCUCAGAUCUCUGCGGGCGCGCCUUGGGAACCUCUCAAGCUCUCUCGCCAAGAGACGCCCGACCACGCUUCUCGUUCCCUCCACGACGGUCCCUCGCACACAUAUCAACAACCCGCUGCUUCACAGGUAUACGAUCCCGCGCCCGCCUUGCCCAACCCGCAUGAUAAUAUUUCGCCUGUGAGCAGCGAACUCGCCCCUCCGCCUUCGGCAUGGAACACCCGCAGCGGCGGUACACCCACCCCCAGCCAAGGUCAUUCGGACGCCUUCCACACCCCUAUGGCUUCACCUCAACCCGAGGCCGUCACUCAGAUCCCGCCGGUACCCGACUACACCCCCGAAGGCGAAGAACUCGCCAUCCCCCCACCUGCUCAGAGCGUGACUCCCCCAGGCCAGACUCCUACGGGGCAAACACCGCCUUCGGUGGUCACCAGUCCCCGACAAUACUUUCCCGGGCAAGCGAUCCCCUCAGCGAGCGGGGGCAAGAUCUCAAAAGCCGCUUUCAGGCGGGGCAAGCCAAAGACGAGUUUGGGGCCGAAUGAUGAUAUCACGUCGCCUUCUUCCGUGAGUUCGGCUGGGAUCGCGGGGCAUGGUGCUGGUGGGCCUUCUUCGGCCGGGGCUGGGGCUGGGUAUGGGGAGGAAGAGUAUCAGGGGGUGAGGAGGUUGCCUGUGCCGCCUGUUGGUACCGAGGCGGAGGCGUUGGCGAGGGAGGGAGAUGUGAGCCCGCCGCCUGUUUAUCAGACCGAGGAGAGUUUGAGAUAG